AUGGAAUGGGAAGAUGGGAAGACUUUGGGGAGAUGGGAAGACCUCAGCACUGACAUAUUGUGGAAGAUUUUUGAGUCCUUCAACGACGUCUCUGAUUUAUCUUCCGCCGUUGGGAAGGUCCAUUGCAGUGCCGUUUGCAGUGCAUGGCGUUCGGUUCUCUGCGAUCCCCACCUUUGGCAUACACUUGAUUUGUCAAUGAUUAAACAUAAUUUCAUCAAAACCAAAGAUGAGCCGUAUGUUUAUGUUUGCAGCCAGUCCGAUUUGACAUUGAGUCGUGUUUUGAAGGUUUCUCUGAGUCUCAGCCACCAAAACAUAACCACCUUGAUUUUCAAUCUCCAGUUAUAUGUCCCCGACGACCUCUUCACUUACACCGCUGAAAGGUGCCCGAAGCUGAGACGAUUAGUUAUGCCAUCUUGGAACAAAAUAAAGAUUGAUGGCAUCAGCAAGGCCAUUGGGUGUUGGAAACAUCUUGAAUCGCUGACAAUAGGGAACAUAGAAAAGUAUCAAUACCUCACUCUCUUGCAGGUGAUUUACGACAACUGCAAGAACUUCAGGGAACUCAAAUUGAUGGGUACUUGUGAUACAAAUUCCUUUGCCUCGGCAAUGGUUAGAUAUCUUCCAAAACUGGAGGUUUUAAGCCUCCGGUGCUCGAUGUUGUCGAAGGACGCUUUGAUGGUGAUAUUGGAGAGCCUACCCAACUUGGAAGUUCUCAACAUAUCGCAUUGCGUUGUAUUGGAUGAAACCCAUCAGCCUCAUCAACCUUUUAGAAUUGUUGAGGAACUUGAUGCAUCCAUUGUUGACAAGGCUUCAAGGUUAAAGAGAUUUAUAACGUGCAUGCGUAUGCCUACGGACAUGCGUGUGCAGGAAGACUCGUGCAGCAUGUGCCAAAGGACCAGAAACGACGAGGGGAUCAUCAGGUGGCAUAGAUAUGAAGAAGGGAUGUGGAAAGCAGAUGAAGUGGCCUCCCUUGCUCUUUGA